AAGAAAAAGGAAGGAAAUAAGUAAAAUUAUGAUUGAAUCGAUAUAGAAGAGGACUUGUAGAAAAUCACAGUGGUACAUUGGGAUGAUGGUGAGGAGAGAAGUUUAAGAAGAGGUGGAAGAGGUGGAGGAGGUGAAGGGGGAGGAAUUGUAGAGAAUGUAUAGAGAACGAUUACGCAUGCGUAGAAAAACGGCGCGACGACACGCUCCGUCGAGAGGUUUCAGGCGAACGAAUUUUCCGUUUUCAGUCGCCGACGGAAAACAGCGCGCGUCGGCCGCGAUCGCAAUUUCGAUAUCUCGCGUUUUGGUGCUGUGUUUAUAUAACGUGAAUAACAUAUAUAAACCCAAAUCCCGAUCAUAUUUUCUUAAUGAAAUAAUGUAAAACGUAAAGAAAAAAUAUUAAAGAUUUAGGAGCAAAGGAAUUAUCGAAAUUCGAUCAUCGAAUAACGAUCGAUAAAAGAGAUCUUUCGUUGAUCGAGUUACGAUCGUUCAAAAAAAAAAAAAAAAAAGAAAAAAAGAAAAAAAAGAGAAAAAGGCGGAAAAACGAAAUCAAAAAAUAACGAAUAGUCCAGUGGGAAACAAAAUUUCGCGGGUGUUCGAUAAAACGUAUUACGAAACUAAGACGUUUGUUAACAAGAAAAGAAAAGAAAAGAAAAAAGUAAAUAGAUAAAUAAAAAGAAAAAGAUAAGAAAAAAGUGUAUGUUAAAAAAAAAUAGUGACGACAGUUCGAUAAAAAUUCUAACUGGUGACGACGAUUAAUUCUAAAGAACAAAAUAAAAAAAAAGAAUAAUUGUUAGAAAACAUUUCUGUGAACAAAGUGAAAAGAUUAUAAGAAGAGACAAAAAAAUAAGAGAUAAAAAUUCGUGCAAUAAAGAAAGACGCGUGAUAAGUUUAACAAAAAUUUGUGCAAUAAUGAAGACAACAAAGUGAAAAGAUCAUAAAAAAAAAAAAAAAAAAAAAAUAAAAAAAAGGAAAAAAAAUCGUGCGUGAAAAAAAACAACAAGAAAUUCAAGACUUCGAAGUUCAAGAUAAGAUAACAUAAUUCUUGAAGUUAAUUCGCGGAAAAAGAGGGACAACAAAAUUUUUUUUUUUCAUUCCUUUGCAAGAAGAAACAACAACAACAAUAACAAUAACAACAACAACAACAACAACAACAACAAUAACAACAACAACAGCAACAAUAUUUCAAGAAAAUUCGUACGAAGGUAGAAGGAGCGACAAAUUAAAGAGAAGAAAAAAGAAUUAUAAAAAAGAAAAAGAAUAAAAUUAAAUUAAAUUAAAUCAAAUAAAACAAAUACAAAAAUUUAUCGAGAAAUUGAAACCUUAGAGGGUUGAAUAGAAGAUAUAAAAAAGAAUUAAAAAAAAAAAAAAAAAAAAAGAAAAAAAAAAGAAAAAAAAGAAGCUGGAUAAUAAUAACAGCCGAGUAAAAGAGAGAGAGAGAGAGAGAGAGAGAGAGAGAGAGAGAGAGAGAGAGAGAGAGAGAGAGAGAGAGAGAGAGAGUAUAGUGGUUAAAUAUAGCUUAAACUGAAUGAUUGAUUACGAAUAAAAAUUGAACCGAGAUAUUAAAAGAGAGACAUCUCCAACGAUUAUAUUCGUCGUAUGGUAUCAUUUUAAAUACGUUGUGAGACGUAUUUAAAAAAAAAAAAAAAAAAAAAAAAAAAAAAAAAAUUGAAAAAAAAAUUGAAAAAAAACAACCAUCAAGAAGAAGAAGAAGAAGAAGAAGAAGAAGAAGAAGAAGAAGAAGAAGAAGAAGAAGAAGAAGAAUAUCAGGAUCGAUAACAAAAUCGAAGGAAAAUGGAAGGAAACGAUAGUACGAAUUAUUGGCAAAAUUUGAGCUUAUCGAACGUAAGCCAUCACACAGACGAUCAAAUAAUGUCGAAUCUAAGCGUACAGAUAAUAUUCUGUAUAUUUUACGGUAACAUAUUUAUACUCGGUGUAUUCGGUAAUGUAUUGGUAUGUUACGUUGUAUUACGUAAUCAACAGAUGCAAACCGUAACAAAUCUCUUUAUAACGAACUUAGCGUUCAGCGAUUUAUUAUUGUGCGUAUUGGCGGUACCAUUUACGCCAUUGUACACAUUUUUAGGUGGUUGGAUAUUUGGUAGAAUAUUGUGCCAUUUGGUACCGUACGCACAAGGUGUAAGCGUUUACAUAAGUACAUGGACAUUGACGAGCAUAGCGAUCGAUCGUUUCCUUGUAAUAUUAUAUCCAUUUCAUCCGCGUAUGAAAAUUGAAAUCUGUUGGACUAUAAUAUUUGGAAUAUGGAUGGUUGCAUUAAUGUUGACCCUACCAUAUGGGUUUUAUAUGCAAUUCGAACCUUACGAGCCUUAUACUUAUUGCGAGGAACAUUGGCCGAGCGAGCCUUUCCGUAAGGUUUUCAGUUCAUUUACAACGAUAUUGCAAUUUCUCGUGCCCUGUUUCGUAAUAACACUUUGUUACAUAUGCGUUUGGAUAAAAUUGAAUGAUAGGGCAAGAUUAAAGCCCGGUAGCAAAAGUAGCAAACGCGAAGAAACGGAUCGUGAAAGGAAGAAACGUACGAAUAGAAUGUUGGUAGCUAUGGUAAUAAUAUUUGGAUUCUCAUGGUUACCAUUAAACAUCGUUAACAUCAUCAAUGACUUUUAUCCGCCCGCCAACGAUUGGUCUUAUUACGGAUUGUUCUUCUUUAUGACCCAUUGUCUUGCUAUGAGCAGCACCUGUUACAAUCCAUUUCUUUAUGCCUGGCUCAACGAUAAUUUUCGAAAGGAAUUCAAACAGGUCCUACCAUGUUUCUCAAGGACAUCGAGGAACAGUACGCCGAGAUUAACGGAGGGUUGUAGAAGUGAGAAACUCUGCAAUGGAAAUAAUACCGUACAAGAAAGUCUAUUACCAAGUCAGGCGAUUAAAGUCCAGGUGUCACAGGGUUGCGAGAUGAUAACCUUGAAUCCAACUACGACAAAUACUUUAAAGGAUCAGGAUCGUCGUUCGAGCACGUCCAAGGAUUUCGAAGAUGCUAUUCUCUAAAAGGGAUCAUAAUCUUCGUUCAGACAGCUGUACUUUUUUCAAUUUUGAAACAACAAUGGCCACAACAAUAGCCACAACAAUGAUACCAUCAAUGGAAAACAAGAGGCGAUCGAUUCCUCGAAGCUUUACAACGAAUCAUGUUUAAAGGAGAACAAUGACGUGAACAGAUGCUGCCAUUAGAUCUCGAAUUAACGCGAAUUUCAUGGAUAUGUUCGUUAAGUUUAUAGCGCAUGACAUUACGCAUUUCAAAUUGCCGAAUAAAUUUCUGAAUUAUAAAUUUAUA